AGUGUCCUUUUUCGGUACCACAACUAAUCAGAAAUUUGCCUUUUCCUGCAUGCCUGAUCUCGCUGUGUUUUUUCAGAAGGGGUGUAUUUUGUCUGUUGUGGUCAUUGUGCCGAUGGAUCGUCAGUGUCCAUCCAAACACUUUCUUCUUGCAGCUGCGGUCAUCUUUUGCAUGACAAUCCCCUCCUGCAAAGCACAAGAUGCAGUUGAGAUCGUAGCAAAAGCGGCUCUUUGCUUCGACAACCACACGGUGAUCAACAAGUGCCUGCAGCAAAUUGGGAUCGACAGCAACGCGAGGGCUUCAACGCAAGGCGCCGGCGGCGCGGUACUGGACGCGAGCGCGAACGCCAGCGCGGCGCUCUGCGACACGCCGUGCUUCGAGCACAUGUUGAUGAUGACGGACUGCAUGGACGACAUCCUCUCCAACUUCCAGGGAUACAGCGCCGGCCUCAUCAAGGGCUACCGCGCCGUCUUCCAGAUGUCGUGCAGGGUGGUCACCGCUGCCGCAGCUGGUGGCGGCGGCAGCAGCAGCAGCAGCAAUGGCACCGCCAACGCCACCGUCGCCGGCGGCGGCGACGCGGACGAUCGCCACUCCCCGUCUCAUGGCGCGGCGAAGGGUAAUUCGCUUGUGUCCAGAACCGGAAGCGCCGUGGCGAACGGCGCCGGCGGCCGACGACUUCGCGUCGGCAACCUUGUGUGGGCGGCCAUACUUGCGGUGACAGUGUGACGCACAUGACCAACCACUUGUAAUAGCGAGCAGCCUCGCAGAGCUAACUGGGAUAAUUAACUCGUAAUGAUCCCCAAAUGCGUGCGUAUGUACGCCGGAAUGGACGGAAAUGUAUGAACAAGUGAAACAAAACAUAUCCAUGAGUCGAGGAACGUACGCACGAAAAUUCCU